UGCUGUAUUAGUUAUUAGCUACCUGUUCCCACUACUACCCACUCCCAAGAACCAAAACCAUGAACGAAACCUUCCCAUCUUCUCCUUUGUGGGAUCAGACGCCCUAUUAUCCACAGACAACCUGCGGAUCAUUCCAAAACAUUAUUAAUCCAUACGAUAAUCCUUUCGAUCCCACCGCACCUUAUCAAACCUCGUUUUCUCCGAGCUUCACAGCUGCGACUGAGCAGACCACUCUGAGCCGGGAGACCGGAAACAUCGGCGAGAAAAGCGCGAAACCUAGUACGGCUGCCGCGGCGGCUCGAAGGCGGUCGAGGGCAUCCAAGAAAGCCCCCACCACUCUCCUAAGCACUAGCAUCGCCAAUUUCCGCGCCGUCGUGCAGCAAUACACUGGGUGCCGGCGUCUCGCGUCGCCGGCGUCGUUCAAGAACCGUAGGGGUCCGGUUAUUUUAAGCUUUGGAGGACGGCCUACUGACCGGAAGGUGUCGGAUUCUAGCCGGCCGAGAUGUUACUCCGACGAGGAUCGGUGUCUGCAGAAUCUGCAGGAAGAGGAGUUCCGACAAGGAUUAGGACAGCAACAACAGCAGCGUGGGGUUUCAUGUGAUAACAGUUCUCAUGAUAGUUAUAUUUCGGGUGUUGAUAAUGAUCGUAGUUGUAGUAUGCUUAGCGUGGAUGAUUAUGAAUGGUAAUACCUUAUAACAUAUAUGCUCAAAUUGGCUUCCUUUGUUUUAAUUAAUUUGGAGUGUGAAGUGUAUCAUUAUGUAUAUUUGGCACUCCAUAUAUUUAUUAUAUGCUCCCUAGCUUCACUCCAAAAAUCACAUCAACAAAGUUUGACUCUUAUACCAAAAACAAAUUUGUG